AAUCCUACUUUGAACUCGAACCACGUGUAAAUCGUCGUGUUUGGACUCGACACGUUGCUGUUAGCUACAACGAUCUCGACAUCGACGCGUGCGUCGUCCAGCAUCUUUGACGCUUUGGACCAUGAUGGAGGCAACAACAGAGAUGGAUGAGCAAGAUAUUGGCUACCAUCUCGACAGCCUUCUCCAACCGAAUCACACGUUCCGAUCCAUGGUAUCGGAUCGUUUCAAGAUCAUUCGAGUCCACUCAAGUCGCCCUCACUGUCCAACGUUCAGGAUACGCAUUUUGGACUUCGCCUGGUUGGGCAAAAGACCGUCACACGCUCUAGGACUCUUCCUCAUCUGGCAAAAUCUGAUACAGCGUUACAUCGAAGUUCAGAGGUCGCUGGCUUUGAGUUCGAGCGAGAUAGGGCCUUGCGAAUGUCCCAAUGGGUCUUGGCUUUCGCCAUAGUCAAUUUUGAUUUGGAUGUCGGUCCUGUUGUUUGCGGAGUACAUCCACCGUUGUAUUUGGCCCCCACAGAGAAAGAGAACAUUGCUUUCUCAUCCUUCCCGGAUUCCCUACAAUUCGAACAAGGUUCAGAAGUACAUUCUUUUCGCAUACAAGAUCUCGGCACAUCCCAAAAACGCGUCGUUUCAGAUCACGGUAACAGCAGACCAGAUAGCAUCGAUGGAUACCUUUAUGGAUAUUCGCAUUUUUCCCAGAGAAGAGACAACACCUCGAAGCGAGGGUACCAACAGACUUCUCUCGUUCUUCUCUCACACCUACAGUACCCUGCUCUCUUUACCACCCUAAUUAUGAAACUUGGGCCCUUGGUCCUAACCCAUGGUGUACCUAUGCUGGAAACGGCAUGUCAUAACAUUGCCCACUGGUGCAGCCCAUCGCCGGGUUUGACUAUUGAGCUAGGAUUUCUAGGCUCGGUUCUCCAUGUCGAGUUGCCCAUGAAUGCAGACAUUCAGCAAUUGACAGAGACUGCAUCUUUUCAUGAGAAAUUUAACCCUACUUUGCAUGUAACUAAGCUCUCACUUGCCCUAGAUCUCCGGUGGCUCACUAGACCGUAUCAGCUAUUGUCUUCUAUAGCUCCACUUGACCCGCCUCCAAUAUCCAUAUUCGAGGCCUCCUUGCCACAUUUAUGGUCAAUAUGGGAGUGCCUGAUACUUUGCGAGCCCAUCUUGGUAUUCGGAUCUUCUCCCGCAGCCACGAGUCAAGCAGUUUGGUGGCUCAGAGAUCUGUUACGUCCUAUACCUCUUGCCAACGACUUUCGUCCUUACUUUACCAUCCAUGACAAGGAUCACGCCCUUCUGGUCAAUAAACUCCCACCUAAAUCUGGCCUUAUCUUGGGUGUGACCAAUCCAUUCUUCCAGAAGUCGUGUGCCCAUUGGCCUCACGUCUUAAGCGUAGGGCUGAAAGCAAGUCCGCGCCGCCAGGGGAAUACGACUAUCAUGGCAGGGCCGCCACCUGGAUGGUGUACAAGAACUCAUCGCCGAUACAUUUCCAAAGACCGCCAAGUAUUGAAAGCUAUCGAGAAAGCUUGUCAUGCAAGCGUCCAAGACAGGAUACAAGCAUCUCUGGACCUAAGAAGACACUUAAGUUCGCGCACCAACACCAUGCUAGUUCCUCUGAACAGAUACCUCAAUACUCUGAUACCUUCUCCGACGGAACGUACCACUGUUUCGGGCUGUCGACGUCUAAAACCCUUCAGCACUGUUGACUUUUUCUCUUCGCUUAAGGCAAAUGGCUCCCCUCUGCCGUUUAAGUCCGCGACUAAGCGGAGGGAAUUUUACGAAAGGUGGUUGAAAACGCCGGCAUUCGGGUUGUGGUUGGCGCAACAAGAGGAAGUAGUGCAUAGGACGCUGCAGGAUAAAUGGGCUGGCUGAUGUAGCUAUUGUAGUUCCUACCGAGCCAGCAUGAGUAAGAUCAUAGACUAGCUACCUUAAAUCCACCAGUUCCGCGAAAUAA